AUGCGCCUCCUAUCAUCGUCAGCCCUCGCCUUUGGCCUCGCAGCCACAGCCCAAGUUGCCGACGCCCAGCCGCAAUUCCUUGUCAGCGAAUUGAGCUUUGGGUACACGGGGAGAAUCAAUGACCGCGGCGAGGCCACCGUUCCGGGCUUCUCCAUACAAGGCACGCCAGAUGUUCCCGAAGUUCUCUCCAACAAAUUAAUACUCACACCUCCCGCGCCCGGCAACACACGUGGCGCAGUAUGGGCUGACCAACCCAACAAAUACUCCAAAUGGGUUGCCGAUGUCGACUUCAGGGCCAAUGGUCCCGAGAGGGGGAGCGGCAACCUCAACAUAUGGCUGGCAAGGCGGGGAAACCAGGAGAUCGGGUCUUCGAGCAUAUACACGGUCAAUCGCUUCGACGGGCUGGCCCUCGUCAUUGACCAGCAGGGGGGCUCGGGUGGCAUGAUUCGAGGCUUCUUGAACGACGGCACCGUCGACUUCAAGACCCAGCAGAGCGUCGACAGCCUGGCCUUCGGACACUGCAACUAUGCCUACCGCAAUCUGGGGCGCCCCUCGCAGAUCAAGCUGUCGCAGACCGCCACGGUCUUCAAGGUCGAGAUCGACAGUCGCCUGUGUUUCGAGAGCGACAAGAUCACCCUGCCUCCGGGGUACCACUUCGGCAUCACAGCUGCCGCCGCCGACAAUCCCGACUCUUUCGAGAUCUUCAAGAUGGUGACCAUGACGGAAAACUUGGACGCGAAGCAGGAUGGACCCCCGCAGACGCAACAACAGCAGCAGUCAGGACAGGACCAGGCGCAGGCACAGUUCAGCUACGGCGGCAACACGCAGAACAGCCCCCGAGCCGCCGACAACGUAGACGAUGAGAUCCCCGAUAUGUCUCCCGAUUCCAUCACGAGCUCCAAGUCGCAAUUUGCCGAUCUGCACAACCGCCUGCAGAGCGUGAACCACCACCUGUCAACCAUCUUCCGCCAAGUCGCGAGCGCCAACUCCCUCGGCGAAAAGCGGCACGACGAGACGGCCAAGACGGUAGACGAGAUCAAGCAGCUCUUGUCGCGGCUAGACAGGCUCGACAAGCUCGACAAGCUCGACUCGCUCCAGAAAGACAUCACCAAUCUGCAGCGCGACCUCAAGGACAUGAAGCGCGACGUGAACAACAAGGUCAGGGACUCGGAGAAUGCCCUCAAGAACUUCCUGGGCUCGAACCACGGCACCAUGCUGGAGCACGUGGCCGUCUCGGCGUCGCCACGGCUUGGGCGCAUCAUCUUUGUCAUCAUCGGGAGCCAAAUAGUACUGGUGGCCGGCUAUGUCUACUACGAGCGGAAGAAGACGCUCCCGAAGAAGUAUCUAUAG